CUCUAUGCCUAGUAUUGCAUUCUAUAUCCUAGUAUUGCAUUGUAGGCAUAUCCUAGUAUUGCAUUCUAAGCAUGAAUAUUUUUGAGGAUAACAACAGAUGACAGAAGCAGAUGACAGAACUUAAAAGAAAACAGUCGAUUUCACCCUAGAGUAAUGUUAUGCAAAAGAUCUGUUACAUUUGUUGCUUGGGAGUGAAAACAUUUUAUUAGCUCUUCCUUUGAUACAUUGAAUGCUGGGACAUGGAUAGGAUAAACAAGACAUUUGUGAAAGAAUUCAUUCUUCUAGGACUCUCUGGUUACCCAAAACUUGAGAUCAUUUUUUCUCUAAUUCUAGUAAUGUAUCUAGUGAUUCUAAUUGGCAAUGGUGUUUUGAUCAUAGCAAGCAUCUUUGAUUCUCGUCUUCACACCCCCAUGUACUUCUUCCUGGGCAACCUGUCUUUCCUGGAUAUCUGCUAUACAUCCUCCUCUGUUCCCUCAACUUUGGUGAGCUUAAUUUCAAAGAAAAGGAACAUUUCCUUCUCUGGAUGUGCAGUGCAGAUGUUCUUUGGGUUUGCAAUGGGGUCAACAGAGUGUUUCCUCCUUGGCAUGAUGGCUUUUGAUCGCUAUGUAGCCAUCUGUAACCCUCUGAGAUACCCCAUCAUCAUGAGCAAGGUGGUGUAUGUACUGAUGGCUUCUGUGUCAUGGCUCUCUGGUGGAAUCAACUCAAUUGUGCAAACAUCUCUUGCCAUGCAGUUGCCUUUCUGUGGGAAUAAUAUUAUCAAUCAUUUCUUAUGUGAGAUACUAGCUGUCCUUAAGCUAGCUUGUGCUGAUAUAACCCUCAAUUAUGUUACCCUAGCAGUUUCAAAUAUGGCAUUCCUGGUUCUUCCACUGAUAGUCAUUUUUUUCUCCUAUAUGUUCAUCCUUUACACCAUCUUGAGAAUGAACUCAGCCACAGGGAGACGCAAAGCCUUUUCCACCUGUUCAGCACAUCUGACUGUGGUGAUCAUAUUUUAUGGUACCAUCUUCUUCAUGUAUGCCAAGCCCAAGUCUCAAGACCACCUUCGGAAUGACAAUUUGCAAGCUACAGAGGGGCUUAUUUCCAUGUUUUAUGGGGUAGUGACCCCCAUGCUAAAUCCUAUAAUCUAUAGCUUGAGAAAUAAAGAUGUAAAAGCUGCUGUGAAAUAUUUGCUGAAUUGGAAAACUGUUAACCAAUAA